AUGAAAGGCUUUGUACAGAUCCUAGCCGGAGCGGCAGCUCUGAGCACUGCCCUUGCUGCCCCCAUAGGCGCUACCGAGGGAAAGCGCGACCUCCCCAUUCAUAUCAAGCCCAACAUCAAGUCUGUGGGUGUGUACGCCGCCGACGUGGGUACCGAUGCCGACAAGCGCGAUCUGCCCAUUCAUAUCAAGCCUUACAUCAAGUCAGUGGGCGUUUAUGCAGCUGACGAGGAGGACGUUGAGAAGAAGCGCGAUCUACCUAUUCACAUUAAGCCGUACAUCAAAUCUGUGGGCGUUUAUGCUGCUGAUGUCGAAGAAGACGAGAAGCGCGAUCUACCCAUCCACAUUAAGCCGAACAUCAAGGCCGUGGGUGUUUACGCCGCCGACGAGCCCACCGCAGAAGAUUAA